AGUGGGAGGAACUAAAGUUAGCCCACAAAUUCCCGGAAGGGUGGAGUCUGAGCAGGAGUGCCUUACAUUUCUCACCCGAGGUCUGAUCUAUAAAUCAACAAAGAACUCCUGAGAGCUUUGUGGUUUUGUUGUUCUUUUUUGAAAGGAGACCGGAGUUGUGAACCCCAUUGGAAUCCCAGCCAAGCACAACUUGUAAUGGAGCCUUUACCUCUUGAGUUACCGGCUGACACAGUGCAACGCGUGGCGUCUGAACUUAGAUGUCACCCUACAGAUGAGAGGGUCGCCCUCCGUCUCGAUGAGGAAGAUAAGCUGAGGCACUUCAAGGAGUACUUUUGUAUCCCCAAAAUGCAGGAUCUACCUCCAAUUGAUUUAUCAUUAGUGAAUAAGGAUGAAAAUGCCAUCUAUUUCUUGGGAAAUUCUCUUGGCCUUCAACCAAAAAAGGUUAAAACAUAUCUGGAAGAAGAACUAGAUAAGUGGGCCAAAAUGGGAGCCUAUGGCCAUGAGGUAGGGAGUCGGCCUUGGAUCACCGGCGAUGAGAAUAUUACAGGUCUUAUGACUGACAUUGUCGGAGCCAAUGAGAAAGAAAUAGUCCUAAUGAACGGUUUGAGUGUUAAUUUACAUCUUCUACUGUUAUCGUUUUUUAAGCCCACACCAAAACGGUACAAAAUUCUUCUAGAAGCCAGAGCCUUCCCUUCAGACCAUUAUGCUAUUGAAUCACAGCUUCGACUUCACGGACUUGACAUUGAGAAAAGUAUGCGGAUUAUAAAGCCAAGAGAGGGGGAAGAAACCUGGAGAACAGAAGAUAUCCUUGAAGUCAUUGAGAAGGAAGGAGACUCCAUUGCAGUGAUCUUGUUCAGUGCGGUGCAUUAUUAUACUGGACAGUACUUUAACAUACCUGUCAUCACCAAAGCAGGACAAGCAAAGUAUUUAAAUUCAGGAGCAGGAGGCCUCGCUGGUGCAUUUGUCCAUGAAAAGCACACCCAUACAAUUAAACCUGCGUUAGUGGGAUGGUUUGGUCAUGAACUCAGCACCAGAUUUAAAAUGGAUAACAAAUUGCAGUUAAUCCCUGGGGCCAAUGGAUUUAGAAUUUCAAAUCCUCCCAUAUUGUUGGUCUGUCCCUUACAGGCUAGUUUAGAGAUCUUUAACAAAGCAACCAUGAAAGCACUAAGAAGGAAAUCUGUUUUGCUAACUGGUUACCUGGAAUACCUGCUCAAGCAUUACUAUGGCAAAGAUAAAGCCGAAACCAAGAAACCAGUUGUGACCAUAAUUACUCCAUCCCACAUCGAGAGCCGUGGCUGCCAGCUCACACUAACAUUUUCUGUGCCAAUAAAAUAUGUAUUUCAAGAACUGGAAAAAAGAGGAGUGAUGUGUGACAAGCGGGAACCGAGUGGCAUCCGAGUGGCCCCAGUCCCUCUCUACAAUUCUUUCCAUGAUGUUUAUAAAUUCAUCAAUCUGCUCAAGUCUGCACUUGACUCUGCAGAAAGAAAACAUAGCAGUGUUUAGAACAAAUUAAGCAAACAAUACUGAAAGCUGCUGUGAUUAUUUUAUUAUUUUUAUGCAAGCUUCUAUAAUUGGAAGUAUUUGAAAACCAAUUACACAUAGCUGCAAUGAAUUAUAUACUUUAUUUUAAAAAUCUGAUAUAAUUACCACACGAGUCAAUGUCCCUGAGGAAUCUAUACCGCUGUUCAAUUCCUUGGUGUUUUGUGGCUCUGGGUCUUCACUGGUCUAAAAUAUUGUGUACACAGUCUUGGUUAACUGUUACAUUUCAUAGUGAAAUCUUUUUAUUGAUUUAAUGUAUCAUUGACUGAAAAUUUCAUAACAUAUGUGUGAUUGUGUGUCAAUUUUCUAAACAUUACUUUAGUUUUAAUUUCCCAAAGAAUUUCUUAUAAGCACUAUAGUUGAGCAGUCUGAUAUGUGUAAGCUCUUGCAAUAUUCUAUCCAGCUCCGCUCUAAGGAGCAGAAAAUAUGUUUUCUAGGGCAAUGGACUUCAAAUAUCUUUGGCCAAAAUACACACUAAGAAAUAUGUCUAAUAACAAAGACCUGUAUUUAUGUGGGUAUGUGCUUUACUUUAGUUUAAUAGAACAGUUUUAAUAAUAUUUUAACAUCUGUGAAAGAAAAGUCUUUCAAUUUUCAAACAACUGCUUCUUGCAAUUGCCAUUGGCCAUUCUUUCCCAUUACCAUCCCUGAUAUUAGCAUGCUUCUCACAAUGAAUAGACAGCAUCUUAGAUCAAAUUAAAACUGGUAUAUGUGGUAAAAACCAAAGUUCCAUAUAUUAUUUACCUGUGCUCUGAUAUUUAUUAUUCAAUUUUACCUUAUUACAACAAACUCAUUAAAUUGAU